ACUUUUAGUGAUGUCUGUGAUCUCUUUGGUAAACUCUCGACACAGAAAUCAUAGAUGCAAACAAUUUGUAACUGAUUCAUCCUGUUAGACACUGGUUAAUAAACAAUUUGGGGUGGGUAUUAAACACAUUUUCCCUGAGCUUUCAUGAGAAUAACAGCUCUACUGUGGGUGCAAACGUCUCCAGAAUUUUGGCAGCAUUGCAAAAGGUGGGGGAGGCUGCGUUAUCAAAGCAGACGAAAGAAGAGGAUGCUUUGAAGAAAAAAAUAUUCCACAAUGAGUCACAUUUACCAAGUGAAUAAAGAUAAACCAUGGAUCCACAGACCUGAGUUACUCACUGAUGGAUUCGUUUCGUACAAUGUCAAGUUCCUUGGCUGUUAUGAAGUGGAAGAGCCCAAAGGUCUGCCAGCUGUUGAGGGUGCAGUAAGGAAACUGAAGUUCGCGAAUCUCAUCAAAAGGUCCGAGGGCCAUAAACUACGGAAGGCGCUCCUGCAGAUCUCGGUGGUGGGAGUGCGACUUCUGGACUGCAAAACGAAGGAAAUUCUACAUAGCUGCCCACUUGAACGAAUUUCCUUCUGCGCACACCAUGAGGCCGAUCGUCACGUGUGCACUUUCAUUUGCAAGAACGUACAAUGGAAAAAGCACAUGUGCUUUGCACUGGAGGGUGAAAAAUGUGCAGAGAAUGUGACUCUGACGAUCGGGCAGGCCUUCGACCUGGCUUAUCUGAGCAUCCUGAAGUCCCGAGGGCGUGACGUCGAGGCACGGCAGCACGUGGCGACUUUGGUGAAACGGAUUUCUGGGCUGGAAAUGGAAAAUACGGAUCUGAAAACUAAGUUGGAAGAGAUAAUGGAGAGAGUGAAUGGUUCAAACAAUGACUUCUCAAUGAGUGGUUCUGCCACCAUUCAUCAAAACGUGAGCCACACACCACCAUUGGCUUCGAUGUGGAUCGGAGAUUCAGCAGCAGUGAUGAGUGACCAAGCAGAAGGGUUACCCAUCAAUACAGAUGCAAGCUUUUUGGAAAUGCAGGCAAGUGACGACCACUGUGUAUCUGAUAUCACAGCAUAAUGUAUAAUUCAGCACACAUCUAGACUCCACAUGAGUGUCACAUUUAAUAAUCAUUAAAUAGGAGCCUUUUGGCCAAGAUAAACCGUACAAAUGUAACGACAACCACAGACCUGUGCAGACCUUGACCAUUCCAUCACUGUGCAUUUUACGCACAUUUCACAUCAUUCAGCUUGCCAAGCUUUCCCAUGUUUAUUUUCAAUUCCAUACUUUUGGCAGAAAAUUCAAUUUAUAGCUUCCCCAUAAAAUUGAAUUGAUUUCAUCAU